CGCCAUGACGGAAUUGUGCGAUAUUAUCAUUUGUAAUUCGCAACUGAACCGAGUGACAACUGGCAAAAGUGUUUUAGAUUUCGCGCACUACAUGUUAUUACUUUUACUAUGAAUUCGCCUGUUUAGCGUUUACGCUUGAAUUUUUCCUAAAAUAAUCGUUAAUAAAAAUAUAUAUAGAAGCUUACAAUCAUUAUAAACUCUGAAAUUCGCAAUCGACACCCGAUGUACUGACCGAACAACAUUUCGCCGAUUCGUCAACCGUCUUUAAUAAAAAAAUAUAUAAUCCAAUUGACUGGCUUAAUGAUAAGUAUCAGCGAAACUCGACGCAAAUACUUAACUACAAAAUCAUUACAAGAGCAGUUGUUUGAAGAACAAGCUACUUUAAAGAAGCAAUUUCUCGUAUCAGUCAUUCAGUGAGGUCGUGUAUUUAUAUUUUUACAGUAUUAUUUUAUCUGAAAUUGUACCUACUUCUUUAUUUUUACUUUAACACUAAUACACAUCUAUGUCGUCGUUUUACGUUAAUUGUUACAAAUGCAACAUUGUGGUUGACGAACCUGAUAUUCCUAUUAAGUGCGACGGCUGUAAUUUAUUAGUUCAUAGUAUGUGUUCGGGUCUAACCGCGAGUGAAAUCAAAUGUUUUUCUUUAAACAAUCGUCGUUUGAAAUACUUUUGUGAUGCUUGCAAUAACGGUUUACGCGAUAUUCCCGAAUUAAAGCAGUUAAUUAAUCGCGUGUUAACUGGAGUUAAUGAACUUAAAAAUCAAGAAAACAAGAAUGAUGCACCACAUAGUUCUGAAGAGGUCAUAAUUAACGAAGUCUGCCAGCCCAAUAUAAUAGAGUCUAAUUCAAUAAUCGACAACGUUCCAGAGUCCAUUUUAGUUGACACGAAUGAAAUAAUUUCACAUGACUCUAAUCUGAACACAAUUCAAAAUACUUCUCCAGUACACCAUGGUAAAGAAAUUCAAUUGAUAACAAAAAAAAAUUUCAACUUUGAGAAACGACUAGCUUUUUGUCAUGAUAAGUCUGUAUUUUCAAAGGCUAAUGAAGAGAAAAUAGAGACUUUUCACUAUCCAUCUUUAAUAAAUGAUAGACCGAGUACUGACAUCAUGAAACAGUGUCCUUCUCCUCCAUUAUAUAGCAGUAAAGGAAUGAUGUUGAUGUUGAAAAUGGGCUGGAAGCCUGGGGACAAAAUAGGCAAGCCACAAUCUGGACCACUGGACCAUUUACUACUGGAUAUCAAUUUUGGUAACAUUCAAAUACUCUCAUCGCCAAUAUCUGAUGAAGAGUUAGGACAGCACAUGUAUUCUACUAUAGCAAACUGUGAUGAACGACUAGGACAAAAUCAAUCAGGUUUUAUAGAAUCAGCCUAUAUUGGACCUAUAUCCGAAGUGAAAUUCAAUAAAAAAGACUUCGUAAGUGCUGAAACAAAAGAAAACAUCGAUCACUUGUCAAACAAACCGGAAAUAAGAGGUAACCAUGAAAUACCCUCAUCAUCAAAAGCUGAUGAAGAGUUAAGAAAGCUUAAGUGUCCUACUGCAGUACACUGUAAUAAAGGAAUGCAAUUAAUGUUAAAAAUGGGUUGGUCACCAGGGGAACGACUAGGCAAAAACCACAACGGAUUACUCGAACCUACUUCAGCAUUCAAAGUGAAAUUGGAUAAAAUAGGACUGAUAAGUGCUGAUGAAAAAAUAAAAGGACCCAUUGGUGCUAAUGCAAAAAAAACAAACAAACAUCACUUUCCAAUGAUACCGGAAAUAAAAGAACCAAAACCAUUAGCUGUGCUUGUGUCAUUUUGUUUGCAAUCUCGUUGGGAUCAUCCAAAGUUCUUGGAGUUAGAUAAGACUGGACCUCCAAAAAAUCUAAUUUUAAUGGCUGUUUCUGUGAAUAAAGUUUGGUAUUGUUCUUGGAAAUUUCAGAAAACAAGAGAAUUAGCCAAAGAGGAUGCAGCUAAACAGUGUUUGAUCGAACUUGGUGUACCAAUUUUUAGAAAUUACUAACUUGAAUUUUCUGAUUCAGUUGGUAAUUCAUUAAAUAUCUUAAUCUUCAAUUUUUAUCAUAGAAUUUUAAAUAAUUUAUUAAAUGUGAAUUAUUAUUCUACCAGUUGUAUAAAAUUAUUAUUAUGUCUAAUAAAACGGCGUUAAAAUGUUCCUUUUUAAA